GCCGAUCCUUCCUUGAGUUUCUUCUCGCGCCGUCGCAAGGGGCAGCAGCGGUGUUUACAAGGGCCCGCAAGCGGGGCGGAAGCAACAGGCCGCUCAUUCCCGCCCACCACUGUUCAACGGAGGCGAGGGCCUGGCGCAGCUGCUCUUACUUCCAUGUCUCUGGGGUUCGGUUCCCCGGAGCUGAGAUGGCCCAGGUGAGCGGUCUGUGGCAGCCGCGGGGAGAGACUACCGAGGCGUCCCCGGAGCAGCCCGAGACCUACCAACUUCGCCAGGAGAACGAGCUGCAAGUGCUGGAAUCUAUCUACGGGCGGGACUUCCAAGAUUUGCGGCUCGGCCAGCCGUGGAAGGUACAACAGGCUCCAGAAAUCACUCUAAUUUUGCGACCUCAGGGCUUGACUGGUGACCAUGAAGUCCAUGCCAAAGUUGACUUGUGGGUAAAGUGUCCCCAAACCUACCCUGAUGUUGUUCCAGAAAUUCAGCUAAAAAAUGCAAAGGGUUUGUCAAAUGAAAACAUUAACUUGUUAAAAUCCAGGCUAGAAGAAUUAGCAAAAGAGAAUUGUGGGGAGGUGAUGAUAUUUGAACUAGCAGCUUACGUGCAGUCAUUUCUCAGUGACUACAAUAAGCCACCUUUAAAAUCUUUCCAUGAAGAAAUGCUAAAGAAUCAACAAAAGGAACAAGAAAGGCUAGCCAAGGAAGAAGAGUGUCGAAUUCAAGACCUUAGAAGAAAAGAAGAACAGAUGCAACGUGAAAUUCUUGAUGAGAUUCAGAGAAGGGAAGAAGAAAAGAAAGAGGAAAGAAAAAGGAAAGAAAUAGCAAAACAGGAGCGUUUGGGAAGUGCUGCUUUAACAAGCCAGGAAAUCUCUACCAGCAGAGAUGCUAUAGGGAACAAAAUAAUUUCCAGUUUAAAUGAAGGUGCUACAGAACAUGGAGGGAACAAUAAAUAUCGUACAAAUUCCACAGGGCGUUCAAAGAGAGAGUGCCAGCUUUCUGCUUGCAGUAAUGAAGAUUCUCCAGGAACUUCUGAAGUCUUAUAUUUCAAUAUCAGUAGUAUUGGUCAACUUAAGGUACACAAAGGAAAGUGUAUAGGCAAGGAUGAGCAACUUGGUAAAUCAGUCUACAAUGCUUUGGAGAUGUGCACUGGUAAUUUUGUCCUGGUGCAUGAAUGGGUACUUCAGUGGCAAAAGAAAAUGGGAAAAUUUCUCACAAGCCAAGAACAGGAAAAAGUUGAAAAAUGCAAGAAACAGAUUCAAGGAGGAGAAGCAGAGUUCAGUUCUCUAAUGAAGUUAAACCAUCCCAACAUAGUCCGUUACCUAUCUAUGACCUUUAAAGAGCACAACGACUCAAUUGUGGUAGACAUCUUGGUGGAAUAUAUUAGUGGAUCCAGCCUUUCUAUGUACUUGGACAAAGAGAUUCCCCUUCCUAUGGAUCAGCUGCGCCAUUACACAACCCAGCUUUUGUCAGCUCUUGACUACUUACACAGUAAUUCAGUGGUACACAAGGUCCUAACCGCAUCCAGCAUUCUGGUGGAUAGUGAAGGAAAAAUCAAAGUGACAGAUUAUAGUAUUUCCAAACGCUUGGCGGAUAUCUGUAAGGAGGAUGUUUUUGAACAAACCAAAGUUCGAUUUAGUGAGGAUGCCCUGCCGAACAAACCAGGGAAAAAAGGAGAUGUGUGGCAAUUGGGGUUGUUGCUUCUUGCUCUCAGCCAAGGGCAAAUAACUAAGGAAUAUCCAGUCAUAAUUCCAAAUGAUUUGCCUGCUGAUUUUCAAGACUUUCUGAAAAAGUGUGUUUGCUUGGAAGACAAAGAACGAUGGAGCCCUCAGCAGCUAUCACAACAUAAUUUUAUAAACCUACCACCACAAGUACCGGUAAUGGAAGAAACCCCAGAAGAUUCAGCAGGAAUAGAUGAUAUUGAAACUGUUAUUCCCAGCAGUCAGAUUGCUGGUGAUGUAUUCUUCACAGAAAAGCAGAGGCAAUUUUCUCGUUAUUACAAUGAGUUUGAAGAGUUACAGUUGCUUGGUAAAGGGGCCUUUGGAGCUGUCAUCAAGGUCCAGAACAAACUGGAUGGCUGCUGUUAUGCAGUAAAGCGCAUUCACAUAAAUCCCACAAGCAAGCAAUUUCGAAGAAUUAAAGGGGAAGUGACGUUGCUAUCACGACUGAACCAUGAGAACAUUGUGCGGUAUUACAACGCAUGGAUAGAGAAAUACGAGAGGCCUUUGCUUAGUACUCCAGCAUCGGAAACCACAGAAGGGAAAAAAGUAGCUGACAAGCUGACUCUGAAUGGGAAGGGCGAAGAGGAGUCUAUGGAUGACAUAGAAGCAAAUGCUCCUCCUCCUGUUCUGACCAGUUCAGUGGAAUGGAGCACCUCAUGUGAGAGGUCAUCAAGUGCCAGGUUCAGUGGAGGUGAUCAGGAAUCCAGUGAUGAUGACGACGAUGACGACUGUGAAGGGGUAUUUUCACAGUCAUUCUUGCCCGCAGCAGAUUCUGAAAGUGAUAUCAUUUUUGAUCAUGAAGAUGACAACAGUAAAAGUCAUGUUAUGGAUGAAUGCUACAAAGGAAAGGACAGUCAUAGUGGAGAGGAUGGAACAGCAGUGAUUCAGACUGUGCACCACCUGUACAUUCAGAUGGAAUAUUGUGAAAAGAGUACCUUGCGAGAUACCAUUGACCAAGGCUUAUAUGAAGAUACCAAUCGCCUAUGGAGACUUUUCCGGGAAAUUUUGGAUGGGUUAGCUUAUAUCCAUGAAAAGGGAAUGAUUCACCGAGAUCUGAAACCGGUCAACAUUUUUUUAGAUUCUGGAGAUCAUGUGAAAAUUGGUGAUUUUGGUUUGGCAACAGAUCACCCAGCAUAUGCAGCAGACACUAAACAAGAAGGAGUUUCAGAUAAUUGUUUGGCUAAAAGUGAUCCUUCUGGUAACUUAACAGGAAUGGUUGGUACCGCUCUCUAUGUGAGUCCAGAGGUUCAAGGAAAUACUAAAUCUACUUACAAUCAGAAAGUGGACCUCUUCAGUUUGGGAAUAAUAUUCUUUGAGAUGUCUUACCAUCCGUUGAUUACUGCAUCGGAAAGGAUCUUUGUUCUCACUCAGUUAAGGCUUCCUUCUACUGAAUUUCCAAAAGACUUCGAUGAAGUGAAAAAUGCAAAGCAGAAAUUGGUUAUUGCUUGGCUGUUAAACCAUGAUCCUUCAAAACGACCAACUGCUAUGGAGCUGUUAAAAAGUGAACUUCUUCCUCCACCUCAGAUGGAGGAGUCUGAACUUCAUGAAGUGCUGCAUCAUACUUUAGCAAAUGUGGAUGGGAAAGCUUACCGGACAAUGAUGGGCCAGAUAUUCUCACAGCGCAUCUCUCCAGCAAUAGAUUACACCUAUGACAGUGAUAUCCUCAAGGGUAGCUUUUCGGUGCGGUCAGCCAAGAUUCAGCAACAUGUAUGUGAAACAAUCAGCCGAAUCUUCAAAAGACACGGAGCUAUCAAGUUGCAUACCCCCUUGCUAAUGCCUAGGAACAGAAAACUGUAUGAACACAAUGAAGCUUCAUAUUUAAUGGAUCACAGUGGAAUGCUGGUGAUGCUUCCUUAUGAUCUCAGGAUUCCUUUUGCAAGAUUUGUAGCUAGAAAUAACAUAACAAACUUGAAAAGAUAUUGCAUUGAGCGGGUUUUCAGGCCUCGGAAAUUAGACUGCUGUCACCCAAGAGAGCUCUUAGAAUGUGCAUUCGAUAUAGUAACCCCUGCUGGCAACAGUUUUUUACCUGUUGCAGAAGCAAUCUACACAAUUUCUGAAAUAAUCCAAGAAUUUUCUGUGCUGCAGGAAAGAAACUAUAGCAUUUUCUUGAAUCACACUGCCUUACUGAAAGCUAUCCUUCUGCAUUGUGGAAUACCUGAAGAUAAGUUCAAUCAAGUUUACAUCAUUCUGUAUGAUGCUGUGACUGAAAAGCUAACUAAAAGAGAAGUGGAAGCCAAGUUCUGCAACAUUUCUCUGACAUCAAACAGUCUUGUUCAACUCUACAGAUUUAUUGAGCAAAAAGGAGAGUUGCAAGAUUUAACCCCAUUGUUAAACACAAUGUUAAAGCAAAAGACUGGGGUCACCCCCUUGGUGAAACUUGGCAUGAAAGAGCUUGAGGAAACAAUAGGUCUGUUAAAGAAACUUUGCAUAAAAUUUCAGGUAUCCAUAAAUUUGGGGCUGGUUUAUAAAAUACAGCAACACAAUGGAAUUAUAUUUCAGUUUAUUGCAUAUAUUAAACGCAGACACAGGAUAGUUACUGACAUUCUUGCUGCUGGGGGUAAAUAUGAUCAUCUGAUUCCACAGUUCAGGGGCCCACAAGCAGUUGGUCCAGUUCCUUCGGCAGUUGGAGUCAGCAUAGCUAUUGACAGAAUAAGCUCAGCAGUUUUGAAUAUGGAGGAGCCUAUUACAGUGAGCUCUUGUGACCUGCUAGUUGUUAGUGUUGGCCAGAUGUCAAUGACAAGAGCUAUUAAUAUUGUUCAGAAGCUCUGGGCUGCAGGAAUUGCUGCUGAAAUCACGUAUGACUGGUCCCAGUCCCAGGAGGAAUUACAGGAAUAUUGUCGAUGUUCUGGGAUCACCUAUGUAGCCCUCGUCUCCGAUAAAGAAGGAAACCAUGUAAAGGUGAAAUCAUUUGAGAAGGAAAGGCAGACAGAGAAAAGGAUUUUGGAGUCUGAUCUAGUAGAACAUCUUGCUCAGAAACUGAGGACCAAAUUCUGUGACGAAAGAAGUAACAGAGAAACAUUGGAUAAUCUGCCAGUACAAAAUCUAAAAGGUUCAUUUUCUAGUACUUCAGGUUUGUCUGAGCAACAUGGAACUGUAGUAAUACCAAAUGUCUGUAUUGUACCAUCAGAGAAGUUGUCUUUAAGUGCCAGGCGACGUUACGAAAUUCAGGUACAAAACAAACUUCAGACCUGCAUUGCUACUCUGCAACAGAAGACGAGUGAAGUUGAAAUUUUAGCAGUAGAUCUGCCAAAAGAAACUAUAGUACACUUUUUAUCGUUAGAGUGUGAUGCAGAUGAUCAAACCUUCUAUACAACUGUGAAACAACUGAUGUCACGAUUGCCAAAACAAAGAUACAUUGAACUAAUUUGUGAUGAAAUCUACAAUAUUAAAAUUAAAAAAAGAGUGCCCGUGCUUGUCCUCUACACUUACAGAGAUGACUAUUACAAAAUUAUAUUUUAGUAAUGAAUGUUUAAAGACACACACAAUUUACUGUACUGGAGUGCUACCUGGAACCAAUACAUGCUUCCAGUCAUGUUAAUGUAAAGGAACAUUUUGCACACUUGUUGCUGAGACAAAUUCUGCUGAGAGGAAGACCGGGACAAUUACUACCUUUUGAAGUAUUAAGAAUCUAGCUCCUUACUCAUAAGUUUACUCAUAGCUCCUUUGCAUACACUCUCUGUUCUCUAAUGCUGUAAAUCUUGCCAGAAUGUAUUGUACAGUAGCCAUUUUUAUAAAGGCUUCAUUUGGAUA